AUGAAAUGCAAAGGUCCAUGUGUGGAGGCUUGCACCUGUAACAGGGGCUUUGUCCUGAGCGGAGGGCAGUGUGUGCCCACUGCCAAAUGUGGUUGCACCUACCUGGGUCGCAAUGUUCCUCCCGGGGAGUCCUUCUGGGAUGACCAGGCCUGCAAGAGACGCUGCCGCUGUGUGCCAGAGAGCGGGCGCGUGGAGUGCCAGGACGUGGGUUGUCGGGCGGGACAGCAGUGCCAGGUGGUGGAUGGCAUUCGAGACUGCUUCCCCGUCUCCUACAGCACCUGCCAAGCCAGAGGCGAUCCCCACUACCAGUCCUUUGACCAGCAGCGGUUCAACUUCCAGGGCACGUGUGUGUACCAGCUGGCUGGGCUCUGCUCCAGGCGCCCUGGUCUGGUGUCUUUCCAAGUGUUGGUGCAGAACGACUUCCGGGGUAGCAGGGUGGUGUCUUACACCAAGGUGGUAGAGGUCAAGGUCUACUCUCAGACCAUUUCCAUCAGCAAGGACUACAAGGGCCUAGUCAUGGUAAAUGGAGAGUUGCUGAACCUGCCAGUGUCCCUGAGUGAAGGCCAGGUAACGGUCUACAAGAGCGGCUGGUACGCUGUGGUCACCACGGACUUUGGCCUCAAGGUCUCCUUCGACUGGAACAGCAACGCCUUCGUCACCCUCCCCAGCACCUACCAGGGCGCCGUCUGUGGCUUGUGCGGCAACUACAACGGCAAGUCCCAGGACGACCUCGUGCCCACCAACGGAAAAGCUCCGGUGAGCGCUCUGGAGUUUGGCAGCAGCUGGCGGGUGGAGGAGAUCCCUGGCUGCGUCCACGGCUGUAAGGGCACCUGUCCCGAGUGUGACGUGACCCAGAAGAGGGAGUACGAGACGGGCGACUUCUGUGGGCUCCUGAGGGACCCCAAGGGCCCGUUCAGGGACUGCCACGGCCAGGUGGAUCCGGCGGGCCACUUUGAAGAUUGCGUUUAUGACGUGUGUCUGUACAAGGGCAGGAAGGACGUGCUGUGCCAGGCCCUCACUGCCUACACCUCAGCCUGCCAGGCCGCGGGAGCCAAGGUCUACACCUGGAGGUCGAACCAGCUCUGUGAUGUGCGUUGCUCGGCCAACAGCCACUACGACGUGUGUGCGUCCAGCUGCCCUGCCACCUGCAGCGGCCUGUCGUCACCGCAGGGUUGCCGGGCCCAGUGCAAGGAGGGCUGCUCCUGCGACGAAGGCCACAUCCUCAGCGGGGACGGCUGUGUGCCUUUCUCCCAGUGUGGCUGUCUCCAAGGCGGUCGCUACUACCAGGUGGGACAGGUGUUCUACCCUAAUGGGAAGUGUGACGAGGAGUGCAGCUGCACACAGGAUGGACAGGUGAUGUGUAAGAAGUUCUCCUGUGGUCCGAAUGAGAAGUGUGAGGUGGUGGACGGAGUCCAGAAAUGCAAUCCAGUGGGUAAGGCUGUGUGCCAAGCCUCUGGCGACCCACACUACUUGUCCUUCGAUGGCCUGGCUUUCGACUUCCAGGGCACCUGCACCUAUACCCUAGCCAAGGGCUGCGGGCUGGAUGGCACCCGGCUGGUGCCUUUUGCUGUGCAGGUGGAAAACGAGUCUUGGAACAACCGCAAGGUUUCUGUCACCAAACUGGUUGCGCUGGAGGUCUACGGCUUCACCCUCAUCUUCAGAAACAACAUGUUUGGUGUCCUGGUGGAUGGCGUGUUCAACAACCUGCCCCUGAGUCUGAACAAUGGGGCCGUGCAGGUGUACAAGCAGGGCUUCCACUAUACCAUCUCCACAGACUUUGGCCUGCUUGUGACCUAUGACCUCGUCUACCACGUCACAGUCACCGUGCCUGGCAACUACCGCGACAAGACUUGCGGCCUCUGUGGCAACUUUAACGGAAACCGCGCUGACGACUUCACCAUGUCCGACAAUCGUGUGACAAAGAAUGUCAAUGCGUUCGGGGCUUCCUGGAAGGUGGCCAUAAAGGGUGUGUUGUGCGACAACGGCUGCUCUGGAAACGCGUGUCCGGUUUGUGACCCCCCGAAGAAGGCCGUGUUUGAAAAGCCCAGCCACUGUGGGGUCAUAACGGCUCCCAAGGGCCCCUUUGCAGCCUGCCACAGUAAACUGGACCCCGUGUCUUACUUCAACGACUGCGUGUAUGAUUUAUGCGUCUCCGAGGGCGACGAGAAGGUGUUGUGUGACAGUGUGGCGGCCUACGCCUUCAACUGUCACAUGGCAGGAGUGGACAUCGACUGGAGGACUCCCUCCUUCUGUCCCAUGAAGUGUCCAGUUAACAGUCAUUAUGAGGUGUGUGCUGAUGCCUGCUCUUCAGCCUGUCCUAGUCUGACUGACGCAGUGAAGUGCUCCAAGUGUUCUGAGGGCUGCGAGUGUGACGCUGGCUUCCUCUUCAACGGCCAGACCUGCGUCCAGCAGAAGCAGUGUGGCUGCUAUGACCAUGGACGGACAUACCUGGCUGGUGAGGUGGUGUACUUGGCAGAGUGCAGUCAGAAGUGCUCCUGUGACCCUCUGAAGGGGCUUGUCUGUGUGGCUCACUCCUGCCCCACCAACACAAAGUGUCUGAUCAAGAAAGACGUCAAGUCCUGCUACAACACAGAUCCCUGUAAGGAUGCUGGUUGA